CAGCAGCAGCAGGAGAUGAGAAAUCAAUCCACGGUGACAGAAUUUCUUCUGCUGGGACUUUCCAGUAGUCCCAAGAUGCGUCUAAUCCUGUUUGGGAUCUUCACCGUGGUCUACAGCAUCACUCUAGCAGGCAACUUGACCAUCCUGACCCUCAUCUGGCUGGAAACUCAUCUCCAUACGCCCAUGUAUUUCUUCUUGAGCCACCUCUCUUUUGUGGACAUCUGGUACACCACCAGCACCGUCCCUCAGAUGCUGGCCAACCUCUGGAGCCCCAAGAAGACCAUCUCAUUUGCUGGUUGUGGGGCUCAGAUCUACCUUUUCCUGGCCCUGGGUAUUACCGAAUGUGUCCUUCUGGCAGUAAUGGCAUAUGAUCGGUUCGUUGCGAUAUGCCAUCCUCUACGCUACACAGAUAUUAUGAACCACAGAGCUUGUGUCCAGUUCGCAGCAUCAGCUUGGAUUUCUGGGUUUCUUUUUGCCAUGGUCCAUGCAGUCCAGACCCUGCAGAUGCCUUAUUGUGGCCCCAAUGUGAUUAACCACUUCUAUUGUGAUAUCCUGGCUCUAUUAAAACUGGUCUGUGCAGACACACACCUCAAUGAAAUCAUAGUGUUUGUGAUUGGGGUCCUCGUCAUCCUGAGUCCCUUUUCAUUCAUCCUGGCCACCUACGCUUGCAUCCUAGCAGCCAUCUUGAAGAUACGCUCUUCCCGGAGCAGAUGCAAAGCUUUCUCUACUUGCGCCUCCCAUAUGAUUGUGGUGGCUAUGUUCUAUGGCAGUGCUAUGCUCACGUAUGUGAGACCUAGGUCAAGCCACUCAUUGGAGCACGGCAAAAUUGUCUCCUUGUUUUAUAGUGUUGUCACUCCCAUGCUCAACCCCAUGAUAUACAGUCUAAGGAAUAAGGAUGUAAAACAGGCAUUCCUGAAAAUGGUCCAGAGGCACAAAAUCACUCUGGGAGCAUAA